UUGCAGGUCAACCAUCAGAACGUGGUGAAGAUGGGACACCGGCAGGUCGUUAACAUGAUUAAACAUGGAGGAAACCGACUCGUCCUUAAAGUGGUGACGGUGAGCAGGAAUCCCGAACAAGACGACAAAACCUGUAAAAAAGCUCCUCCUCCACCCAAGAGAGCCCCGACAACUGCACUCUCAAUGCGAUCCAAGUCCAUGACAUCUGAACUAGAAGAAUUAGAUAAAUUUGUAGAGACCGUGACGCCACAGAAGCUUGUGCAUGAAAAAGGAUCAUUGGACAAAGUUGCCACGAUCAAGCCCCGCCCCUCAAGUCGCUUUUUGGCCUCACCCAUGGAUUUUAAUCCGUCCAUGUCUGAAAGGCCAGGAGUUGCUGUAGUUCCCCCUAGUGUUCCUGCAAGAUCCCAUGGAAGUUAUGUUUGUGUGCCAAAAAGCUGUAUGAGAAGACAAAAGUCCAUUGGAAUUGCAGGAGAAGAAACGAAGCUCCUCAUACCUCCACUGCUCAAGUUCACCAGAAGUCUCUCUAUGCCUGACACAUCUGAGGAUAUUCCCCCACCUCCAGGCGUUUCUCCUCCAUCCCCACCUCACAACCUCAGUACUCCUAUGGCACAAGGAUAUGAGCCCAACCAGCCCAUUUACACACAGAACUCAACAGGCAGAUGCCACACUAUAGACAGAGAUCUAGUCGGGUACCAUCGCCAGAACUUUGAACAAUAUGACUGUCAAACUCCUUCAGCUGUCCAGCAAAACAUGUGUUCCCAUAACAGAGCCCAUGUGCCAGAGAACCCAUAUUCAGACAUAGUUGGUAAAACUUUGUAUAUCCCACCAAAACCAGUUCGUAGGAAGGGUAUAUUGGUAAAGCAGCAAAAUGUUGAGGAUAGCCCUGAGAAAACCUGUUCAAUCCCAAUACCAACCAUUAUUGUCAAAGAGCCUUCGACUAGCAGUAGUGGCAAAAGCAGCCGGGGCAGUAGCAUGGAAAUUGAGACUAGCGCCUCUGAGCAGCCAGGCCAACUACGGCCAGACGGCAGUCACAUCGUGAGCAACCCUUUUGCAGCUGCUAUUGCAGGGGCAGUACGUGACCGUGAGAAGCGGCUUGAAGCACGCAAGAACUCCCCAGCCUUCCUGUCGAUGGAUCUCGGAGAUGAGGAUCCAUUUAUCCCAACUCCUCGUUUACGCCAGUCUAUGUCCAUAGAUGAAGGCAUGUUUGCCAGCGAUAAGAGUUUACAAAAGCUUAUGGCUCCACCAGCUGCUUUAUUAGAGGGCCAGCAAAUUGGAAGUGGAGGCAACAUGGCUGACUUUACCAUCCCAGAACCAACAACUGAGCCCCUCACAACACGCACCAGGAGCUUCCCCAAUGCAGACGGUCCCAUCAGUCUCAAUGAUGGAGAUUUCCAAAGCCAGACAUCAGGAAAGACUCGUGAUAUUUGUCCACCCUUGGCUCUGGGUCUAGCUGCAAGUAAUAGAGCUCUGAAGGAGCACGUCCAACCCCCUCUUCCUCCACCUAAAGGAGAACCUCACAAAGCAAACCUCAAACAGCCACUCUUCAUAGACACCAAGCUACGGUCCAAUAUUGAAUCCAACUUUGUUGCCACAGUUGCAGUGGGUCAAGCAAAAGAUUGUGGAGGCUUGUUUAGACACACAAGAGAGUCCAAUCACGAAACAGAAAAGGCAAAGGAAAGUAAUUCAUCCGAGCAGUCGAAAAACACCAAUAACACAUUGCAACAGAAGUCAGCGGGGCUCCUCAUGGUCCACAUACAAGAUAAGGCCAAGCCACAAGUAAACAGUCAGCCUGAUAGAUUAGAACAAGAAGAGUCCUUUGGAAUGGACAGUGCACCCAUUGAUUCCAACAUCAAACGUACAGCCCACAACUCCCAGCCACCUCAUAUGAGGAACGUCUUCACCUCUGCCACCUCUGUGGAGGAGCCUGUAGAGUUUCCCUGUACCAUUCCUCCUCCCCCAAUGACCUCGGUGGAUAUUGAUGAGGAGUUUGAACCCUUGCCUCCACCUCUGGAGUUUGCCAACAGCAUUGAUGUUCCUGAGGACCAGGUAGUAGAGAUUCUCAAGCAGAAAAAGAAUAAUGCAACAAUAGGACCUGUUUAUCAUUCACGUGCUUCUACAACUGACGGUGUGGAGUCUAAGUGUCUUUCGGGGCUUGUAAACUGCAUGACUCCUCACACCUACCCUCCGCCACCUCCAGAAAUGUUUGAGCCCAUCACGGACUCAGGCAUUGAGGAAGUUGACAGUCGGAACAGUGGGGACCCUCACUUUGAGGCCAAUAGUACAAUUUCCACAGUGUCCAGUAUCUCUACUCUUUCAUCAGAGGGAAUUGACGACACAUGUAUAGCCUAUGCAGACGGCCAGACUCUUUCGAUGGACAGACCACCUGUUCCACCAAAGCCAAAAAUGAAGCCCAUAAUCAAUAAAAGCAAUGCACUUUACAGGGACCCUUUGAUACACGAGAGCAUAGAAUCCUUCGGACAGCCACCACCAGCCCCUACGCCACCCCUGGGUUGUGGAGCACAAUCUGAGCUUCGCAAAAAGCUUGCUCAGCGAGGCACUAAACUGUGGGACCCCCAUGAGUUUCCGAACCCCCUCAAUGCAGAUCCUAAAGCCAAUGUGAUCAAUGAGCUUAGCUCCAAACUUCACCAGAGGAACAAGGACAGAUUUCCAACACAGGGAGGGUCACCACCUGCAGGAUCCAGGAGCAUUGGAUCAAGAGAUUGGACGGCCCAAGCCUCAGAUACCAAAUGCAGCAACACUGUUCCCUCAACAACCCCGAGCCACUUGCCCCUUCAGGCUUCUAGCCCAGCCUCGCCACCUCCUGAAUCUGGUCGUUGCUCUUCUCUGCCAGGCUCUGCCGCCUCCCCCACAUUAACAGAUGUAUUUAGCCUGCCAUCUCCACCCAUUUUGAAUGCGGAGCAAUGCUACAGCCUCAGCUCAGUCAGCAGUCGAUCGCCGUCCCCUCUCACGCUGUUUCAGGCUUCAGACAAGCCCUUUGCCAACAAACCUAUCCUACUCUGGACCAAGCACGAUGUAGCCGACUGGCUUGAAAGCCUCAACUUGCAGGAACACAAGAAAGCCUUCUUGGACAAUGAAAUUGAGGGCACCCACCUUCCCAACCUCCAAAAGGAAGACCUUGUAGACUUGGGUGUCACCCGUGUUGGUCACCGGAUGAACAUUGAAAGGGGUCUCAAACUUCUAAUGGACAGAUAAAGGGUGCAUACACUCGGUACAGUGCUUGGCAUGGAUAUUGGCUUGAUCAAUCCCUCGUUUUCUCGAACUUCUUUCAGUCUAGCUGUCUUGCAUCUGUUGGAAAUCGUGGGGCGAUGUUCCCUGUAUUGUUGUCAGAGGCACAGUAAGUACCAUGGAUGCAGAACUGCACUCAGGAACACUUCUAAGAGGACUCGUUCUUGCCAUCAAAAGCUUUGUUUAAAUGUCUGGAGCUUGUCUCUAACCAGCAGAGCUUGGAGGUCCUUUCUUUUUUACCUUUGAUACAGCUAUUUCUGGGAAAAUGUCAUUCCAGAUGUUGUCUGCAAGCGUUCUGUAUGUGGCAGAGAACAUGAAUACCCAGAAAAGCACUGUUGUUUGGUCUUUAUAAAAUGAGGCUAGCUGAAAACAUUACAUGUUCCUGUCAAAGCCCGAGCUAAUUUAUUCACAUCCUUAAUAUUCCAGAUAAGUGCAAGGGAUGGUGGCGCUAGUUAAGCCGCUCUUCAUCCUUGAUUUCCAUGAGGUUGAACGAGGACGGGGUCACGUACAGCUUUGUCUGAUCCUGUCGGUGAAAAUUAAAUACACGUAUGCUUUCCCUAACAUUUCCCUAAACAAAAAGGAUAUUUUUUGUGUUCUUGCUGCAGAUAUGCCAAGAUAUAGAGAAUUAAAAAACAUAAGGCUUGAGAGGAAGAACGUUCUUAAUGAGAGCUUGUGGCGUAGCUCAUAAAUCAGGUGUAAUUGUUAUUGUGCUUAUCAGCUGCCAUGGAUCACAUACAUCUAUAAUAGCCUCGCAUUAAGGUAGCGACAGAGCUUUUUUAUAUUGUGUCUUGGCUGUGGAUCGUGAUGUUGAUUGUAUGAAGGUGGAUCUUAAUAUGAGGUUGCUGAGGGCUAUAAGAAAGUGGUGGAGCUCAAACGGACUGAGGCCUGAUAUUUCAGCUGAAGAUCCAGGUGACUUUGAAUAAAAAAAAAAAAUUACAAGGUCAAAACUAUUUUGAAAAAUGAAAUGUAUGCAUAGAUUAAUAGCUCACAAUAAGAUCAAUAACACACUUAAAAGAGAAGCUUGGAAUUAAAUGGAAAUUCACCCUAUUUUAAUGGAAGUUACAGUUUUGGAGAGAUUCCAAGUUGGUUUUCUUUCUUUGUCGGGCAGUAAACAGAGGCUGUAUUAAUCAGUUUUUGUUAUUAUAAAACUUGGAACCAUGUUUCUUAGCCAACAUACACUAUAUAAAUUGAGUAAAUGAUUACUUUUUAAAUUUUGAUUUUUGUAUGUGCCACUCACUGCAGUACUGAUAGUGAUAAUGUCUCUGAAACAUAUAGUUGCUAUCACCUGCUGCUGAGAUUCUGAGCACGAGUGAAUAUAGAGCAAUAUUUUUAAAAUGCGGGCCAGAAAUCAAAAAUCGCAAGCCUUUCCUGAACGAAGGUUUGCCAAUACACUGCUGCUACUGUGAAAAUAGAUAUUUUACAAAAUAGAUCAUCUUUGGAUAGCAUACAAUAGAAGAGAGUAUUUUCGAUUUAUAUUAUCAUAUUGCCUUUUCUAAAUGCAAUUUUAAUGGUAUUGCUCCCACUUAAGUGUGGUUUGCCAAAAAAGAUAAAUGUUUGAAUAAAAUGUGUAUCUAUGUUAGAUUCUUAAUAUAGCAAAUCCAAAAAAGCAAUAUAUUUAUACUAUGGAUAAUGCAGUCUGUAUGUAUUUAGAUAAUGCACCCCAUCAUUAAAGAAGCACAAUGUUCACCUGAUAAAACACACUGCUGGUUUAUCUAUAGAACUGUCAAUCCCUUAUUGUUUAGCUAUGAUUUUUCCCCCUUUGACUUCAACCUAUUUUGCUUUACUUUGCUAACUACAUGUAAAGACUUGUGUUCACAUUGUUAAUGUUGCUGUAAGAUCUUCUAAAAUGCAAUUAGUAACUCAUUGCGGUGACCAAGAAAACAGUAGGAUUUGCGAGUUUGAGCGCAGUUACACCUUGUAUGGCAAACGAAUCUGAAAGAAAUAAAUAUUGCUGGAGUUGAGCUCUGUUCCUGUGCAUCAAUGCGUCUCACAAACACAUGCACUUGAUGAAAGCUACUGUAAGAGAAACAAAGUGAGGGUGUGGCUACAUAAUGGACUGUGAAAAAUACUAACAAUACUAGUUUUAUUUUUUUAUUCUUAAAUGAUAUUUCUUAUAAAACAUCCUUGUAAAGAGAGCCAGUAUAGAUGAGCACAGACAAUUUGUUCGAAAAAGAUACUUAACUAAAAUAGCAAAACACAGAUUAUGUCAUUAGUUGCUGCUAAGCCUUUAAACAGUAUUAACUCCUCUGCUCCUGUGUGGAUUGUCAUUUAACAGCAGAUCAUUCGAUAUAAUUCGGCGUCACAGACAGAAAUGUCAUGCACUCACAGAAAGAUCAAUCUGCCAGCACAUCGAGAGCGAGUCCAGAUGAAUCGACACGGAGAAGCACGAGAGACGAUGCAAAUCAGACAGACAUACAGUUCACGCCACAUAACGCAUUAACAUCUGAUUUUAAUACACAACCUUCAAAUACCACCAAAGUGAUUUUUAUGAAUGAUUUCAAACACUGCGAUGGAAUGUCUGUUCAUCCUGUACUCAGACGUGAUGCAGAAUUCUAGCAGUGACGGAUUAUGGCAUUAUAUUUUGGCCUUCAUUGAUUAUGAUCAUUCAUAUUUUCAAACUUAACUCAGUUAAUCCCUAUUCCAACAC